AUGAGACUCCUUUUAUUUCUAAUGAUUUGCCAACGUGCCAUAAACGGUGUCAAAACAAACAGUCCCUCAAAUCCCAAUAUGAUUUUACUGAUGGCUGAUGAUCUUGGUAUUGGAGACCUGGGAUGUUACGGGAACCAAACCUUAAGAACCCCUAAUAUUGACAGACUAGCAGAGGAAGGAGUGACACUUACUCAGCAUAUAGCAGCAUCCCCACUUUGUACUCCAAGCAGGGCAGCUUUCCUGACAGGGCGAUAUCCUAUCCGAUCAGGAAUGGCUGCCUUCUCUCGAGUUGGUGUCUUCUUAUUUUCUGCCUCUUCUGGGGGACUUCCUUCUGAAGAAAUAACUUUUUCCAGACUCCUGAAGCAGAGGGGUUAUGCAACAGCUCUAAUAGGAAAGUGGCAUCUUGGGAUGAGCUGUGAAAGCAGUAAUGACUUCUGUCACCACCCCCUCAGUCAUGGAUUUGAUUACUUUUAUGGGCUUGUGGUCACUAAUUUUAGAGACUGCAAACCUGGCCAAGGCAGCGUAUUUUUAAAAGGGGUUCAGAAAUCCCUUGUGAUCCCAGUCCAAAUCGCUGGAAUCACGCUGGUCUCUUUGGCAAUAGUGCAGUACAUUGGCUUCCUCAAAGUACCUUUCCAAGCAUUGGGUUACUGCUUGGUAAUAACUGCUAUUUUACUUGCACUUUUGAUUUUUUUCUUUUAUCAUUUUCGACACUUGAACUGUUUCUUAAUGAGGGACCAUCAGAUUAUCCAGCAACCGCUGUCCUAUGAGAACCUUACUCAGAGACUGACAAAGGAAGCUGUGCAGUUUAUAGGAAGGAACAAAGAUGCACCAUUUCUUCUUGUCCUGUCUUAUCUUCACGUCCAUACUGCUCUAUAUGCUUCAAAAAAUUUCAAAGGAAAGAGCAAACAUGGUUUAUAUGGAGAUGCAGUGGAGGAAAUGGACUGGAGUGUAGGACAGGUUCUUGAUGUGCUGGAGAAAUAUAAUCUGAGCAAGAAAACUCUUGUGUACUUUACAUCUGACCAAGGGGCACAUGUUGAAGAAAUUUCCAGUUCUGGAGAAGUCCAUGGAGGAUACAAUGGCAUAUAUAAAG